AUGCCGAAACUCGAAACCAACCAACAGUUGAUGGCAACUACUGCAAAGAAAGACUUCCUACUUCAGAGUAGUAAAAUGCCAUACAAACGUGGAAUCGAUCAUGCAGACAAAGAAGGGAAUUCGGUUUUUGCGAAUAAAGUAAAUGCAGAUUAUAUUGUGGUUGGUACGAUCAAGGUAAUCAUAAUUAUUGAAGCUUUGCUACUAAAUUCUCCAAGUGCUUGUAUUUUUGUCGACUUUCUUCCUCAUGGUGCUCGUUUUAGAUCAGUUUUUAACGGUGUCACGGCUUCUCUCAAAAUUAUCAGAGAAGAAGAAAAGAAUACAAACCCAUUCUUCUUCUAUUAG